AUGUAUGCAACUAAGUCACUAUGUCAUCAGAUGAAAGUAUUGACUGGGCAUGGCUGCUUCGGCCGCUACCUGUGCCGAGUGCUGGGGCGGGAACCAACGACGGAGUGUCAUCACUGCGACGUCGGCGCCGAGGACACGGCGGAGCACACGCGCGCGGAGUGUCCAGCGUGGAGUAAAGAGCGUGCCGCCUUAUCGGCAGUUGUUGGGCUGGAUCUCUCGCUGUCGGCUUUAAUCAGGGCUAUGGUCGACAGUGAGGAAAAAUGGAUAGCAGUUUCCUCCUUCUGCAAUUCCAUUAUGCUGCAGAAGGAAGCGGCAGAACGGGAGCGAGAACAAGAUCCAAACUCGCUCCUGAUUCGUCGCGGAAGGCGCGGUCGGCGACGCCGGGCCUACUUGGCCAAUCUGCCGCCGUAA